CGUGUCGGCCAUACUAAAGCGGGCGGCGGCUAUGAUUUGCUCGAAGUGAAUUCGGACGAGGAUGUGCGGUUAUCAAUUGACAGAUUACCUCUGCGACGUGAUACAGUGUCGUGGUAUGAAUUGCAUUGCUCCCGAUGUCCAUAUCCCUUCAUUUUCACUCCCAAACGGUUGGGGUUGCAUUUGUUCGCCGAAUUGCACCAAUCCGCCUUCGAAGAAGGAUUGUUGGAAGGGGACAUAAAGCAAAUGGUAGGGCGGUUUUUAGUGUUUGGGGUGAAAGAUGGCUCAGUUGAGGAAGAAUGCAACUAA